UAACACUUGAGCUGCCUGCGAUCAGUCAGUCAGUUGGGGAUCCCUUAACAAGCCUGUGCUGCUCUCUUUAGUCCCGAGGAAGUGAAGACACAAAACAGCCAAGAUGGCUGACAAGAAAGGCAACGUGUCCUCAAGCCGUAAGCACACUCUGAAGAGUUGUAUGCUGGCACUUGCUAAGGAUUGGCUUGAAGCUGAAGCAUUAGAGAAAGUUAAAGAGAGGGAGAGAUACAUGGCAGAGAACUGCCCUCCUCUGGAGAUGUCCCACUCCAAGGAUGAUUUGAUGGAGCUUUGCAAAAAGUUGUACGACAAAAUUAAUGUGAUUGAUGAGGAGAGAUACAACUUAGAAUAUAAAGUGAUCAUGGUUUGCAAUGAGGUUUUAGACCUAAACAUAAAAAUAGUUGACCUGAGGGGCAAGUUCAAGAAGCCAGCUCUGAAGAAAGUGCGUAUGUCUGCUGAUGCUAUGCUCCAGGCUCUGCUGGGCUCCAAGCACAAGGUGACCAUGGAUCUGAGAUCCAACCUGAAACAAGUGAAGAAAGAUGAGAAGAAAGAGGAUAAGGAAUUGCGUGACGUUGGUGACUGGCGUAAGAACAUUGACGACAAGGCUGGUAUGGACGGCAGGAAGAAGAUGUUUCAGGGAGAUAAUUAGAUCGUUGGGCUGUGUUUGUUUGAUGUGACUGACUACUGUCCUGUAAUGUCUUACUGUCAACCACAUACUGAUUGAUACCCAUUACAACCAGUAUUGUAACUAUAUGACACAUCUUUGUUUCUUUUGAAGACACUAAAUAAAUAGAGGAAACAGAAACAGAGAGUAAGAAGGUCUUCGGAAGAUGUGUGUAAUGGUCUGUCUGUUGAUUUACUGCUUUACUCCCUGUAGUAGAGUAGCCUACUGUACAGUGACAAACUUUUCAAAUAAAUUGUCUUAAGGAAAUCAUUCA